AUGAGCACCUCGGCCCGCCCUUCGGUGACUGCCAUCGUGGCAGCUACCCUCUCUAAUGGCAUUGGGAAAGAUGGAGGACUCCCAUGGCGUCUCCCGGGCGAGAUGAAGUACUUUCAGAAAGUCACUGUCGGCGCGCAUCCCUCCGCCCAAGGUGGAGCUGCUUCAACGCAGAAUGCGGUCAUCAUGGGCCGUAAGACCUGGGAGAGUAUACCGACCAAGUUCAGGCCAUUGGCGAACAGGCAGAACUUGGUAGUCUCCCGGAAAGGCAUCGACGUCUCUUCUGAACCUUCCUCCUCCUCACACUCUUCGCUCAGCGAAGCCCUCUCCUCCCCUUCUUCCUCCGCCUCGCAGAAGAUCUUCCUCAUUGGCGGCGCGCAGCUCUACUCUGAGGCCCUUACUGCCUCCCCGCCGAUGGUAGACCGCGUCCUCUUGACGCGAAUAACGACCGACGUCGAGUGUGAUACCUUCCUGGAUGAUUUCACGAGCCGGACAGCCGAAAAUGGGGAAGAGGGAAGGGAGGGGAAGAAGGUAUGGCGGAUAGCGAGUCAUAAGGAGCUAGAAGAGUAUGUGGGAUUCGAGGUGAAGGAGGGAGAAGUAGAGGAGAAGGAGUUCAAAUAUAGGUUUGAAAUGUGGGUCUUGGCAUGA